AUCUACUUUAUUAUAUAUGAAAAUUACAACAUAAUAAUAUUUGAGAAAUCACACAACAACUUUCCAUUCAUAUCAGUAGAGAACUAUACCGUUAGCAGGUGCUUUUGCGGAAGGAUAUUGUGUACAUCGUGUGAGUGCUACGUUCAUCAACAACGAUGUGUAAAACGUGAUUCAGUAUGUUGCAGCUUCCUGGAUCGAUUAUCUGAUUGUGUAUUAUGUUUUAAUUUCCGAUAAUUGAAUUUCCAACAAGAUGACAUCGUCAGACGCAGUGGUCAAGGGUGUCGCUAGACAAUUAAAAUAUUACUUUGACAUAAAAAGAUUGGAGGAUGGAUUUGACUUAUCUGGUGUCAAAAGUCCGCAGUUAGACCACCCACCUCUUAAAUCGCGAGCUACACUCCAGUAUGAUGGCCUCCAUGACCGAGCCCUCAAGCAUUAUUUCAGCCUGCCCGAGGUCCGGUGUAAACUCACCAACAUGGGACCGAAGAAAAACGAGGCUGCGGGAGACGGAGAACACAGAGAGAAAAAAGUCAAACGGAAGCUGAAGCGCAGGAUGAACAGAUACGAUUAUAAGCCGAAAACUCACCCAGCAUUUCUGUUUGCCCAGACUGGUCGGGAUACAUCAGAUGUCAUCUUUCCUUUGAAAGGAAAUAGAAAAUCAUUGAAGGGAGGCUGGCCUCAGCUCAGGAGUGUUCCCUCACAAAACAUCACCCGGGGCGAGGCUCAGCGUCUGGUCAACAUUGCCACCAAACUUCUGGUAGCCACGGAAACUGUGGAUAUCAUACAGCCUCGCCCUCCAAGUCCAAAGAGGGGACAGUCUGCCCCCAAACCUUUUGAGACUGAGAGGUCGCUGCCCGGGCUAGAUGACCAGCUUGUGUAUAUCCCAGUAGAUACCCCUAAGGGACAGAACAAAGAUAAGAAAAGACCAGCAACAGCAAAAUUCACAUGGGAUAUCCAUGGCAGACGACAUGCAAACGAGAAGGAAAAGCAGAGGGCCUAUGAUGAUAGCUACUUACCUAAACAUUCAGCACACAACGCCUCAAAAGAUCACAAACCAGAACAAAGACGUGUCAUCAUAAAAAAAGUUGUAAGGUCAAAACCUGAAUCUACAACAACAACUACAACAACAGACCAACACAACAAAUCUGAAAGGUCGGCAAGAUCAGAUAGAUCCUCAAGGUCACAGAAAUCAGACAGGUCACGAAAGUCUGACCGAUCACGUAAAUCAGAUAGAUCUGGGACAGCGGGGAGGUCAGCAAGGUCAGGGUCACUGGACAGCGAAACAGCAUCCACCACUGACAGGAGCUCAAGUGACGUAGGGACAAAAACGACGACAAGUAGUAAUAGUUCAAAGGUACAGACAAAACCUGGCACUCACAAGUCUACGGUGAUACAUGUACGUGACACAGACAUUUGUGAGGAGGUCAAGGUCAGCCAUUCUACACAAGCUGGAGACAGUGUCAGCAUACAGACGGAGACCCACAUGAUAGAGAAGUACAACCCUCUGGAUGAUGAGAUAAAACAAGGUGACUGGGCUGAGUACCAGAUCUAUGUUAGAACUGGGAACAGGACCGGAGCCAGUGCCAGCGCCAACAUUGAGGUGAAGCUCACUAUGUAUGGGGAUAAGGGCCGAUCAAAGGAACUAGUCCUCCAGGACUCCAAACGACACCUGGUCAUGUUCCAGAGGGGCAAGGAGGAUCUGUUUGUGUUAGCAUGUCAUCAUGUUGGAAAACUACGCCAGAUCAAAAUAGGCCAUGACAGGACUUCAUUGCGGGACGCCUGGUACUUGGAGGGUGUCACAGUGUAUGACAUGCACGACAAGAGGAUCUAUGAGUUUAAUUUAGAGCGCUGGCUUUCUGCCCACGACGGAGAUCGUAAGACGUACCGUGUACUAGAGAUGGACAGGGACCGGGCCUUUAUAGAAGCAUUACAUGGUGAUGAUGAUAAAAGUACCGCAGGAUCAAUGUCUGAAUCUGAAACAGAAUUGAGUACACCUCGAGAUGGGCGGCGUCACGACUCUAAAUCCUCCAAUGGCUCUGUGCGAGUACGAGGAGGCAAGGACAUUAAGUACCGUAAAAAAGAUUUUGAGCGAGGGUCAGACUCCGAAAGUAGUUACACAUCUGACAGCUCUAGUGAGCAGUCAACGGACCGCACCCCAAAAGUCCGGCCUUUAUCGCCUCUGAGGAAACCUGAUGAGGAUGACUUUUUUGAUGUACGUGGUUCUGGACCUACAUUUCUAUUCCGUGAUGGCCAUGGACCACCUCCAAAGGAAUCUGAAUCUGUGCGUGCCAAUGUUUCUGUGGAUUCUACUACGUCCGAGGACACGAGCACUAGAGCACGAGAAGACUUCCUCGAGGGUUAUAAGCCCAAUAAGGUUGGACUGAAGGCUGCCGAGGAAGAUUCUAAGACGAGGACCAGUGAGGAGGUUGCAGGGAGGAAGCGAGUGCUGGCAGGGCCCACUAUCCACGAGGCAGCCCGGGCAGGAAGCCUGGCACGCGUACAGGAACUACUACAACACUACCCAGAAAUGAAGGAAUCGAAGGAUGAGAGUGGGCGUACACCAUUGCACCUUGCGUCCACAGACGGCCACAUAGAUGUUGUUAAGUGGCUGGCGAUCGGAGAAUCCAAUCUAAACCUGGAGACCCCCACUGGUUAUACUGCCAUGCACCUGUCGGCCAUGAACGGACAUGUCAACUGUAUGAUGAUCCUGUUUGCUCUGGGGGCCACCAUUUCUGUGAAGACCAGCGAUAAGAAGACGCCAUUGUACCUGGCCGCCAUGAAGGGCCAUCUAGAGUGUGUCAAGUGGCUGAUUGCCAACAGAGCACACUUUGACACAGUAGAUGACAUGGACAGGACACCCCGAAUGGUCGCAGAAGACUUUGGACAUCGAGAUGUUGCAGAUUUCUUAAAGGCGUGUGAGAAUGAGAUGAAUGAUCCCAACAGUGGCUUUGCUCAGAUGAGGACUACAAGCAAGCUUGGCCCUGGAGGUCUACAGACCAUAGAAGAGGACUCCAACUCUUCCAUUAGUCAGGAGGACAAGACGUGGCAGGACGACAAAGAUAAUUACUCGGACAAGGCUGGUGUGGGCAGUGACGGUGGGUCUCAAAGAGCGAAAUCAGCACGCACUGUUCACAGAGAAAAGGAGACGAAGAAAAAGAUUUACGAAGAGCAACAUCAAAAAAUGGAAGAAAGCGGAGACUCCUUCCUAGAUAGUAUUCGUCACGAGUUUGAUACAUGACCUGAACCAUGAUCUACAGUUGCAUUAGAUACCUCUAUUGGAACGUAGCGGUCACUUUCUGGACACUUGCUUAUGCAGUAUGAGGCAACUGCAGGUGCUGCAUUGUGAUAUCUAUUGAACUUUGACCUUUAAUGUUGACCUCAGUUACCCGAAUGACCAGCAAAUUCACACAAGUAGUGUUUGUACUGAAUUGUUAAGAACACAAGUGAACCAGAUUGUUAUUUUUGGUAGUUUUCAGAUUAGCCAGUGUAUUUUUGUUACUGUAAAUCAAGGAGAUAUUGAUAGAUGUUUUGUUACUGUAAAUCAAGGAGAUAUUGAUAGAUGUUUUGUUGAUGUGGUAAUGAUAAACUGUAUAUGUAGUCAGUUGUUAACGACUCCUCUAGCGGGAAUUUCCCUUUAGCCCAGGGUCGGUAAGUUCAGGACUAGAUUUAGCCCUUAGCUUCAGUGUCUUGUAGAGGCACUGGAUAUGAGCAUGUUAUGUUGGUAUGAAAUGAAGAAUAAACUGGAUAUAUAGGCUUUGUUUAAAUAGCUUAUUGCUGUGCCCCCCUCCCUAUCCCUCCUAAAACAUAUGUUGAUUUGUAGUAUAUAUAUAUAUUGUCUGACUGUGAUACCUGUAUAUUCCAACAACUCUAGCUUUACCUGAUUAUAACAAGUAUUAAGAUGAUUGGUUUUAUAGGAUAGGUAAGAAUAUCUCACAUUUUUACACUCUGGUACCUCCAUUUGUUUUACUUAAAUUUGUAUUCAUUUUUACCUGUUUGUUAGAGUUUUGUCAGUAAUAUACAUAUAUAGUAUCACAGCUGUGAUAUUACACGGGAAUUGGAUGUCUCUAUUUGUGCCAUAUUUGAUCUAAUUAGCGUGCAGGUAUUCCAGAACCUAUGGGACAGCUCCUAUGAAAUAUGUUUAUGUCAGCUUUAGUGAUAGAAUCUAGCUUCACAUAGUCAGUAAUAUUUACAGAGGGAGCUAAGGGAGAUAACAGCGAGAUGUAAAGACAGCCUAAAGAAUGCUAAUUGGGUCGAAUGUAGUACAGGUCAAUUAUUAGGUAUAGUAUGUUUUAUUUGAUAUCUGUUUUUAGGUGCAGGGUAUGGUUGAUUAGGAUAUUAGUUAUUUUAUUUAUACUUUAGAAGAUAUAUAUUUACUUUAAGUCUUAUGAACUAUUUCAUUGCAAAAAUCUAAGUAUGUAUCGUUAUAAUUAUAUCUAAUAGAUAUGUUCUGAGGGAAUCUUAAAAACAAGGUUAUGAUGGGUAAUAAUGAUGAUAGAUUGAUGUUACUGAUAAUAACCUCUACAUGGUGUACACAUGUUCAGGUAGAACAUACAUUAAUCAACGCUGCCAACACUUGUCAUUCUGCUUAUUUAAUACUUUGUUUUUAAGUGUAUGCUAAUUAAAUUUCACUGUUUCAUGUAGGUUUGUUAAUAAAUGAUCGUGUAGGGUGUGUUAUAGGACAUCGUCCUCUAGGUUAAAUAUACAUAUUUUUGAAGGUGUCACAUGGCAUUUUCAUUCUCCAUCAUUUGUUUUUGCUAUUGAUAUGAGUUAUAACGAUAUUAACCCCUUAACUUGUAAUUCUACAUUCUAAGUUCUUUUGUUGAUGAUAGCAUUUAAAAUUAUCUAAAUUUUCAAGAUAAAUAAUUUUCAACUUGUAACAAAAAGUAUUUAUAUGAACAUAUAUUUUCCAGUCCAUAACUAUUUUUCGUACAUUAUAUAUGUGCAUGUAUUUGUUAAUGAAGCGGAAUUGUUUUAUAGGGUUAACAUCAACAAAUGCUCAUUAAGUGCUCCUUGAUAUUCUUGAGAAUACAUAUUUUUUUAAAACAUUGUUAAAGAUGUAAAAAAUUGAACUUACUAUUGAAAGUGUUAACACUUUCAAAAGUUAAUUGUUUUAUGACAAAACAAAUAGCUUUUUUUAACAUUAGUGCAUAUGGUAUUACAUAUUCUAUUGGGCACCAUAUCUGUGAAGUAAAUACUGUAUGAAGUGUUAAAUAGUGUACCUAGUAUACAAGUUAUGGAGUUGUCAGCUGUCAUAUUGGUUAUUGUCUUCAGUUUCUAUUAGGUCUACUCAGUUAUGAUACAGAUUAAAACAAUGUGUCAUCAAUUAUAAAAAAUGUUAAAUCCCUACAUCUAACUGCAUUUUGGUGCUGAUUGUGUUACACUUCAAGAGUCAAGGGUAAAUCUAUAGAGAAUUGGAAUCUUCUAUCACUUGUUUUUCUCUUGCAUAGAGAAGCGUGUCUUGGUAGGUCUAUGGCAGUGUGACUGAGGAUUGGUAAAUAACCAUCACAGCCAUGUGACUGAUGAUUGGUAAAUAACCAUCACAGCCAUGUGACUGGAUUGGUAAAUAACCAUCACAGUCAUGUGACUGAUGAUUGGUAAAUAACCAUCACAGCCAUGUGACUGUGGAUUGGUAAAUAACCAUCACAGCCAUGUGACUGAGGAUUGGAAAAUAACCAUUACAGCCAUGUGACUGUGGAUUGGUAAAUAACCAUCACAGCCAUGUGAAUGUGGAUUAGUAAAUAACCAUCACAGCAGUGUAGCUGUAGAUUGGUAAAUAACCAUCACAACAGUGUGGCUGUGGAUUGGUAAAUUGUCACCACAGUGGUGUGGCUGUGGGUUGGUAUAACGGAAUCAGUGUGACUGUGGGUUUGUAUCUUGAAGUCACACGCUGUAGUUACUCCUAGGAAAUAUAGCUAAACACUGUCUGAUUUGCUAGAGAGAUGCUUUAACUCUAGAUAUGGAAUAAAAGUAAUGCUACA